AUGAUAUCUCCGGCCUCUGCAGGUGCUUACCUCGCUACCUUGGGCAUUUCUUAUUCUGAAGAUGGUGAAAUCACUACAGAUCCCCAUCUCCGAGGAGUCAACUUCUCCGAUCUACCAGCAGGUGUUUGCGAAGAAUCCGAAGCUUCGCCUAGGGUCCCGUGGCGUCUUCCCUCCGGCGAGGUCCCUCGGGAGUCCAACCAAACGGAUAGUUGCAGUUACAUAUCCGACGAAGAACCAUUCGACCUGGACAGCAUCGACAGCUCCUCCGACGAAGAAGUCGAAGGUGAACCGUGCAGAAUGGACGUUGAGGCCGUCUGCGACUCCGACGAAGAACCAACAACCGAAAUGGACAACACCUCUCUCAACUCUUCCGCCCAUACACGAUACCUCUGCCUCGUCGUCAUUACCGACACGCGGCCCGAACCCGACAACCCACACGCACCCAACAAGGAAUACGUCAUGAGCCUUGAGGUAAAGCAGGAUAAACCCUUCACCAGACACCACAUUCGUCUGCCCCACGCUGCGCUUACCGUCCAUCUACGCUGGGAUGACUUUACCACGGUGCCAGAGUACCAGGUCCGCCGGUUUUGGCAGGUCCCGCGUCAUAGGCACGAGAUGUCGAUAGUCCACCACGGCCUCAUCGACUUGCCUUGUAGGACCGGUCCGUGUUCUCGGAGGAAUUUUGGCCUCAGAUCAGAGGCACAUCAGUGGGUGGAUGAGAACCUUCGUCAUGUAAACGGAGACAGUGACGAAGAGGUUCGUCUGGAGUAA